AGAGCAGCUCUCAGUGAGACUGAGUCAGUGUUUGUUAAGAGAACAGAGGAACAUGGCUUCAUCCUUUCUCAGGGUCUCCCUGCUCUUCAUCAGCCUCUACACAGCAGAUGGAUUUAUGGAAUAUGCUGUGGACCGUUGUGUGUUUAACUCGUCUGAUCUGAACGACAUCGAGUACAUCUACUCUCAUUACUACAACAUGGAGGAGUACGUCAGGUUCAGCAGCAGUGUGGGGAAGUAUGUCGGAUACACUGAGUACGGAGUGAAGAACGCAGAACGCUGGAACAAAGAUCCUUCAGAACUGGCUCGGAGGAAAGCUGCGAAGGAGGCGUACUGCAAACACAACAUUGAUAUUGACUACCAGGUUGCGCUGACUAAAUCAGCUGAGCCGUAUGUCCGACUGAGCUCUACGGAGCCCUCUGGUGGUAAACAUUCGGCCAUGUUGGUCUGCAGCGUCUACGACUUCUACCCCAAACACAUCAGAGUCAAGUGGACCAGAGACGGACAGGAAGUCACCUCUGAUGUCACUUCCACUGAUGAGCUGGCAGACGGUGAUUGGUACUACCAGAUCCACUCUCACCUGGAGUACACGCCCAGGUCUGGAGAGAAGAUCUCCUGUAUGGUGGAACACGCCAGCCUGAAAGAACCUCUGAUCACUCACUGGGACCCGUCCAUGCCUGAGUCUGAGAAGAACAAGAUUGCCAUCGGAGCCUCAGGACUGAUCCUGGGUCUGGUCUUAUCUCUGGCUGGAUUCAUCUACUACAAGAGGAAGGCCCGAGGACGGAUUCUGGUUCCCAGUAGCUGAUUCUGGACCUGGUUCUGGUCCUGUAGCUGUUUGUCAGAUGGAAUAAAAAGCAGCAGCUGCUUCAACCUGCUUCGUGUGUUUCAGCUCAGCAGACUGUCGGUCCUGGACCAUCUGCUGGACCGCCUCAACUCCUGAUUCUCUGAUGAUCUGGACUCUGAUACUCAGCUGGUCUGAACCCUGGUCCAGGACUGUGGUGUUAACUCUGAUGGUCCUGGACCAGGUCUGAACCUGAUCCAGGACUGUGGUGUUACUCUGACGGUCCUGGACCAGGUUUAGUCUGGACUCUGGUGUAUCCCAGCUGGAUCUGAACUCUGCUUCAUCUACAUGUGAUAUGAUUCUUUCUGUGUGAAAUCAAUAUUUUUCAGCCACUUAUAUCCACCAACGUAAUAACUCUGGUCUUUAAAUCAGAUAUAAUCAGUUAUUUGAAUGAUUUGGGGGCUGGCAGGUUGUGUGAUUGUUAGAUUUAUAUAUUUUUACUGGAGUGAAACAUUUUCUAACCCUAAUAAACUGAUCAGAAAACUCUCUGA